AUGCAGUCCAGUAAUGAGUUAAUAGAAAUCAAGGAUAAGUUGUGGAAUGGAUCAAUUAAUAUUAAGAUUUUAAUGGAGGAUGAUAACAAUGAAGAUCCUAAGGAGUUCCUAAUUACAGCAUACCGCAAUUCGUAUUUCCCCAUAUAUUUUCCUUCGGUUAUAGCUUAUUUUCAACAGUAUAACGAGCGGAUCAAGAAUAUGCCAGUAUGGUUAGAAUAUGAAACAGUACCAAUAAAAUGGAAUCUACCAAUUGGCGUUUUAUAUGAUCUUUUGCAUUUGUCUAGUAUAAUCCAAAAUCGGGAGGACAGUUCGUGGAAACUUACGUUAAGGUUUUCAGAUGACUAUCCCACAGAUCAGGUAAUUCCUUUUACAUACACUGACGAUGAUAACUCAAUUAAUUAUAAUAGACUUCUUAAAGAAGUUAUAGUCAAUCAGUUGAAACAAUCAUGUUUUGUAAUAAAUGGCAAUUCUAAACCGAUAAUGAAUUUGAGUGAAAAGGACUCAGACGAAUUAUGGAAUGCCAUCAGGACGCAUAAUUUAAAGUCAUUCAAUCAAAUAAACAAGAAAAUCAUUCCUAUACGAAAAAAGUUUCAAAAGCUACCAGUUAAGAUAUAUAUACCUGGAUCUGCAACAAUAAUUCAUGCUCCAAUUUAUCCAUAUAGUGAUACGGGCGAAGCUAUUCUUCUUAAAAAUAUAUUAGAACAGUAUCUACCGGACCUUAUGAGCAACAAUACUGAUAAGGUAGGCUCAAUUUACAUUCAUGGUAUUAAUGUGGAAUCUAUAAUUAAUAAAGAAAUAAUUAAUGUAUGGGAAUUGUUUAAACAUUUGGAUAAUUUUCUAUACAUUAUUGUUCUAUUUAGUACUUAUUCAACUAUAUGA